GUUGUGUAGGGCAGGAAUCAGGGUUCGAAUAUCUCGACGAAUGGCAUGUAAUACUUCAGUGGAAGUGUGACAUUGUUCGCAACGACGUGAACCGAGAUUGGCUAACGCAGCGCUCCCGAUGUGAAUCUAGCCAGCGCACCGCGUCAGCUAUUUCGAUGUCAAUUUACCACGUCAGUACCCAUUCAAUGAUCGAGGUUCGGGAAGGGCUAUAUAAACCUGCAGACCUCCACCUCUCCACUUAAUUUUCCACGGACACUUACAAUUACCGACAUCAACCUUAACAUCAACCAUGACCACACCACCCACUCUCGAGACUUACCUAACAAUACUAAUUCCUUACUUCGUCGCUCCUUUAUGUAUACUCGCCUUCUACCUCCUUCUAAGACCUACAAAUCAAUCCCGGAAUCGGCAAUCUCGGCGGAGUAACGAAUCGAGGGUGUGGGAGGAGAUGCAAAUGACCAGAUUCCUAGAGGAACUGGACAGCAUUGAAGAUCCCGCGGAAUAUCUAAGGAGGGCGACGGCCUAUGUGGCGAGCAUACCGGCAGAGGACCUCCCUAUGCACACUCGAAUAUCCCGAAAUACCCGAGCUAGGGCACCUACCACACCCACAGGGCGUACGCUGACCUCGAGGCAAAUUCCCGUGCCCAUAAGCCCGUUUGCACGCUCCUCAGUGCACGCCGAGCCAUCUCGCCCUCGUCCGCCCACGCAAGCACAAGCACAAGCUCCUCCGUCUCGCUCCGCCAGAGGAGCGGCACAACUGGACGGCGCUGACGAGCGCGAUGAAGACCCACGCAUAAACGCAUUUGGCGUGCCUAUUCCUGAGCCGCACGACAUCCGACCGCUUUCCGAUCAGGAGAUCGCGACACUCAGUACGACCAUUGGCCUGGCUUUGAUCGAGCACGAGCCUAGGAUUACGUCUGAGCAAUUCCUAUAUUAUGCCGGCACUAUCGGUCAGCUUUUGCAGGGGCAUUGGGAUGGGGUUAUUCCUGAAGAGUUCCGAUCUAGGGCGCAGGCUAGCAGUGUGAACGGUGUGAAUGGGGUUGAUGUAAACGGCGGCCCAACGGUCAUUGAAGAAGUCCACGGCGUCAAUGGUGAGAGUUCGGCCAGGCUGUCAAACAACCCCACUAUCAAUGAAGCCUCCAUGCCUCCUGUUAUCCAGCGCUUCCUCCGUAGACGGACAACCCAGGUCGCUCCGCACAACCAUCAACCGAUCCUCAACGGCACCGACUCCGCCUCAGCCACAGCACUCCUCGACAAUGUCGCAACUUCGAACGGUUCUUUGGGCGAGUCCAGUGACACCAUGCUUGUAAACGGUACCAGCGAUGAAGAGUCCGCCCUCAUUGACGGUUCUGAGGCAACGUGGACGGACAUGGCCGAGAUGCUGAUGGAAGCGAAUCGAAGCCAGGUGGAACGUCGCGCAGCUCCGGGGAGUGAGGGGACAGAGAGGAGAGGAGUAUCCUAGAUCUAUGAUAUGGUAGGACAAGGCUAGGGAGAUCUAGGAUAACGUCAGGAUUGGCAAAUUGCAGACAUGAGCUA